AUGGCUGCCACCAGGAAGUUUCAGAUGUGUGCAGUUUCUCCGGUAGGGAAAUACACUGCCUCAAUUAUCUUCCUGCAUGGGUCACGUGACACUGGGCAGGGAUUGAGAGCCUGGGUACGAGAUGUUAUGGUACCAGAUCAUACCUUCAGCCACAUCAAAGUAAUUUAGCCAACCGCUUCAGUUAGUCCAUACACACCCAUACAAGGGGAUCUGUCUACCGUCUCGUUUGACCGUUAUAAGAUCUCACGAGACUGCCUAGAGCACCUUGAGUCCAUAGAUGCAAUGUGCAGCACCUUAGGGUCAAUCAUUCAGGACAAAGUCAACGCUGGGAUCCCUAAACACAGGAUGGUCAUUGGGGGAUUCUCAAUGGGCGGAGCCAUGGCUCUCGACCUGGUGUGUCCGUAUCACCCUGAUAUAGCAGGAGUUUUUGCACUGUCCAGCUUUCUCAACAAGGACUCUGUCACUUUUCAGGCAGUGGAGGAGCGGCUCAGAGCAGGACUCUCCGUCCCUGAGUUGCUCCAGUGCCAUGGGACCAGUGACGAGCUGGUGCUCCAUCAGUGGGGAGGGGACACGUCAGUGAUGCUAAAGAAGGUUGGCAUGACCACUAUCUUCCACUCCAUCCCGGGCCUGUACCACCAGCUCUCCCAGCCUGAGCUGGAGGUACUAAGAAGCUGGAUCCUUUCUUUUUUUAUUGUUUUACUUCAUGUAUAUCAUAACUCUUAA